CGGAGGUUCUAUCUUACACAAGCAACUGUCACUGGCCUUUACAAACCCAACAACACGAAGAAGAAUUUAUAAGUGAUUUUAUACAAUUCACAAAUUGUUACGAUAGUUGCUGCCUCAGUUUUGUCUUUGGGUUUCGUAUUUGUUCAUACAAUUGCUCAGUCUGUUAUCGGUUAAUAAGUUUUAAUCAAGUUCCGUGCGUAAGAUGGAUGCAACCCGUACCAGUCAACUAAUGCCCAGGUACCUAUUUUAAUAAUAGGUGCCUUAAGGAAGCACGUCCUAAUGUUUCUCCCCGUACCUGGGAUAGAACCCCGGACCUCAACACGUGAACCGAGGUGCAAACUGCAGAUGACAGGGGAAACUCCCACUAGUGUGGAUCUAACCACACUCUUCAAAUCCUGUAUGAAAACUAUCAGGACUCGUAACAAGGCAAUGGGUGUGACACUGCCUCAAACCAAAAUAUUUCCUUCUGCUCCAACCCCUUCAUCUCAGUUUUACUCAAGAGCAAGGGAUGUGAUGAGCAACAUAACGAGCCAUCGCAACUUACUCAAUGAUCACAGUAAAAAGUACCUUCAGGACCAUGAACAGUCUAUGUCAGAUUAUGAGCGUAGUUACAUGGAAAAAGUUGUGAGUACAAAUCUUCGCAUAAUUGAUGACAACAUCCGCACUCUGAAUAUUGAGCUCCAGGGUGAAAAGGAAGGAUCCAGAGAUGCAUGUGAAUGUCAAGAAAAUAUUGUGUCUAUUCUGAGAAUGAAGUUCCAGGAAAUUGGUUCAACUUUCAAACAUAUGAAAGAACAAAGAACAAAGAAGCAAAAAGAAAAAGAAAACUUAUUCCGUAUGCAGCGACCAGUUGGGUGUAAAAAACGAACUAGCAGUUUGGAAGACUUUCCCAGGGCUCCAAGAUUGACUCAGCUUGCAAGAAAUGCUCUUUGUCAUGACACCUUUAAAGGCUCACAGUCUGAGUGUUGUGAUCAUUCAACUGAUAGCCAGAGGACAGACCAGCUUGGCUCUGAGAGCCUUCAACACAGUGAUGGAAAUGAAGGACAGACAGCUAAAAAUCAAGUAAAAGAUAAUGAAACACCAGUCCCUGAGAAGACUCAAAGUUCAACUUCCCUUUUUGAGGAAGAAAUGGAAAGAAUGAAUGGGGAAUUGAGUGCUGAAGAAAAGCAGAUGUUAGAAGAAGAAAAUACUCGCCUUUACAAAGAUUUAAUGUCAAAUCAUGAAGAAGUGCAUCAAAUCACCAGACAGGUGGUUGAAUUGGGCCAAAUGCAAGACCUUUUGUCAGAAAAUGUUGAUCUUCAGGCUCACCAAAUCGAGGAGAUACAGGAAACUAUAAUGGCAUCUACUGAAAAUGUUCGUGAAGGCAAUGAGCAAGUUCGUGAAGCUAUGCGGAAGGAUGCCGGUUUUCGAGUGUGGAUCAUGUUCUUCUUGAUUGUAAUGUCAUGUACAAUCCUCUUCCUUGAUUGGUAUAAUGGUUGAGAAUAUAAAAUAUAACUACAGAUACAUUCAUUUAUUUGCAUACUAGAUAUGUACCUCAUUCUGUGAAUGAAUAAACUGCAAAGAUUUAUUUGAGAAUUUAGUAAGAAUAAUACAAAGGUCAAGAAAAUAAUAUAAGCAUUGAUUCAUUGAAAAUUAAUAUUGUUUAUGCAAAGAUGAUCAGCUUAAUUGCUAAGUAUAAAUGCAGUGGACCCCCGGUUAUCAGCCAUAAUCCAUUCCAGAAGGUCGGCCUAAAUCCGAAAAGGCCGAAAAACCGAGUAAUAUUUACCAUAAGAAUUAAUGUAAAUACAGUUAAUCCGUUCAAGACACCCAAAAAUAUUAACAAAAAAUACAGUUUUUAAAGAUUAACUAUAGUUUUACAUGCAGAAAACAUUGAGAAAUAAAUAUAAAGCACAAGUUUUAAUGAUAAAUGAACAUUACAUACCUUUAUUGAAGACUUGUUGGUGUAUUGAAGAAGGUGAGGAGGGGAUAGGGAGUUGAGAAUCCCCCUCCAUAAGGACUAAAGAUAUCAAGGGUUACUGCCCUUCUUUGUCAUUUACUGCCACAGUACAUUCAUUACUUACCUUAAAAUAUUUGUAGUCAAUGUAGGGCGAGAGGUGAGUAGUAUUUAUUUGUAGGAAGAUAGUGUAGGCAGUGGUAGAUGUAGGUACACAUAUGUAACAGUCCCCUCCUGGGCUACACUACACAGCCAUAUUAUUACCAUGUUCACUGAGUUUAAUUGUUUCUAAAAUAUACCUUUAGAUGCCAUCAUAAACAAAGGGUGAGAGUAAUGAAUAAUUCAUGCCGAGAAUUGUAAACAAAUGCGUAUGAAGGGCGGUGACUGGGCCAGAUGCCAGAUUCACAGUUUCUCUAACGUUGACUCAGAGAAAAUGUAAUGUUUACUCUCCACCCGACUCACUGCUCAAUAGCAUAUAAACAUUUCAUGUUUAUAUGCUAUGUAAUGUGUUACAUAAUUCUGAAGAAAAUAUCAUAAAUGGUAUUAUAAAAAAUGUCUAUAUUAACCUAAAAUGAGACAUUUAAUGUGCCCAAGAGUGAUUAUUAUUAAACAUACAUCGCAUAUAAACAUUGCAUUUUUUUAUAUAUACUAUGUAACAUGUUUCUUUGGGCCCAUGGCGGCUUAUUUCGCAGUCACACUCAAUAAACAACCACAGAAAAACAAUGGAUUAUAACGAAAUGUUUGGAUGAAUGCGUGGCGGAGUGGUGGGCGGACGCGUCCAAUACGGCCAAUUUCAGAGUUGCAGGCCGAAAUCCAGGAUAGAAUUUCGGCCAUAAAAGCAGCCAAAAUUCGAAUUGGCUGAUAUCUGCACCCAGCCAAUAUCCGGGGGUCCACUGUAUUGAUUGUUAAAUUGCUUCAAAUUUCCAAAAUUUUAAAGUAUUUAGCUAAUAUAUACAUACGUACUAUAUAUUCUAUCUUGCAUUAACCCUUUAACUGUCGCAACCCCAAAUCCUGAAGUGUCUCCUGGUGUCAAAAAAUUAAAAAAAAAAAAAAAAAAUUCUUAUGAAAUGAUAGAGAAUCUUUUCCUGACGGUAAUGACACCAAAAGUACGAAAUUUGAUGGAAAACUUACAAAAUUACGCUCCCGCGAAGUUAGCAAUCUCUGCGAUGUAUAUGCUUCGGCGAUUUUGCCGAAUUUGAGCCCUAUUUUCAGCCAAUUCCAUUGUUCCAGUCGACCAAACUCAUGGCUAAUUCUUUAGAACUCCAUUUUUUCUAUCAGUUGAGUACAAGAAACUGCCCAUUGACUGAUUUCAACUACCCAAUAAAGUGGUCAGAAAUUGGCAAUUUGGCCAAUUUCAUGAAAAUUAAAAAAGAUGCCAAUUUCAAAAUAGGGUUCAGAAUAAAUAAUGCAGACAUUCUUGGCACUAAAAUAACAUAUCCUCUGUUCAUUAGUCACGUCUCCAGGCCCCUCUUAUAUUACUCUUGCUUUCUGUUUUGAUUUUUUAUUCACACAAAAAAUAGAAGAUUUGCUGUUAUGCAGACUACUGCAUUAUUGUAAAAAUAGUUUAAAUAAUAUCAGUGCACUAGUGAAAGAAUAUUAGACUCCCCAGUUGACGUGUAUUGGACGUGUGGUGUGAUUUGCUUACUCUUGAACAUUGGUAAAAAUCGAACAUUUCUGCUACUUUGAGCUCAUUUUCAAGGUCGUUUUCAUCGUGAAACUAAUCAAAAUCAUCUCUACUUCUGUAAUAUGUUUCCCAUUCUAUCAGUUGAGACCAAGAAAACGAGAAUACAACCAUAAAUACUAUAGGAAAUUACAAUGUACACCUCAAAGUCGGCGUUUUAAUCCAAAAACACGGUCAGAGUUUUUUUUUUUCUCAUUAUGCACUGCGUGCUGCAGGAUUUUUUUUAUACAGUGCACACUGACCACACAAACCCAUUCUCUGACAUGUGGGCCUACCAGCUUUCUCCUGCUUGAUUUUAAGCCACUAGAAUUAUUGAGUAUAUAUACGUCCGAAACACUGACUCAUAAGAUGUAUAUAUACAGCCAAAACAGUCAAAGGGUUAAGUGUUGUCAUAUCAAAAAUAAAAAAAAUGCUUGAAAAUCUGUGCAUAAAUAACCAAAUCAUUCAUAUUUUCACCUCAUAUUUACUGUACUAUGCUUAAGUAGAAAGCACCAUUUUGUAAUGUCACAGCAAAGUCUUGUACUAAUAACAGAAACAAAGGUAGUGAAAAAUGUAAUAAUUUAAAGUUCCUUUAAUAGAAAAUCUUGAGGAAAUAAUAUUGAAAUGGGUAUUAAUGGAAAAAUAUAAGUAAUAUAGAUGUAAGAAUCUUUGUUUCAAUAUUUACCAUACAGAUUUACAGAAUUGCAUUCACAAUGAAUUUAUAUAAAAUGGUUUGGACCAAGAACUUUUGAGUUAACUGAUAUUUUUUUGUGGGGAUUUAUGUUGUAGAACUGCAGUGUAAUUUAUCCAAUCUAAUAAUUAAUAAACAUUACUAUAAACCUUAUAGAUAAAACAUUUUAUUGUUGUAUCAAAAUAUGGGAAGCUAAUUUCUCAUCUCUGUCUUUGUCUAAUUUACUAAACCACAUUUUCCAAAUCAUGCAUCAAUGACUGUAUUUUGCGGUAUAUAAGAUGCACCAAAAUUUUUUCUUUCAACACACCGGCUGUAUCCCACCUAGGCAGGGUGACCUAAAAAGAAAAACUUUUUUUUUUUUUAAAUUUAGCAAUUUAUACAGGAGAAGGGGUUACUAGCUCCUUUCUUCCAGUAUAUUAGUCACCUCUUAAGACAUGCAUGGCUUAUGGAAGAAAAAUUCUGUUCUACUUCCCCAUGGGAAUAAGAGGAAAUAAAGAACAAAAACUAUUAACAAAAUAGAAGAAAACCCAGAUGGGUAUAUAUAUAGAUGCAUAUACAUUCAUGUGUAUGCAUCUAUAUACAGUGGACCCCCGCAUAACGAUCACCUCCGAAUGCGACCAAUUAUGUAAGUGUAUUUAUGUAAGUGCGUUUGUACGUGUAUGUUUGGGGGUCUGAAAUGGACUAAUCUACUUCACAAUAUUCCUUAUGGGAACAAAUUCGGUCAGUACUGGCACCUGAACAUACUUCUGGAGUGAAAAAAUAUCGUUAACCGGGGGUCCACUGUAUAUCCAAUUACACUAAGUGUGACUUAAAGUGUAAUUGGAAGUAGCAAAAUAUACCUGUUAUCCCAUGUGUUUAUGAAACAAGAAAAGAGACCAGCAAUCCUACCAUCAUGUAAAACAAUUACAGAUUACAAACCUUCAUAAUUUGAGGGUCAGAGCGUGAAAAAAAUCAAAUUGUCUUAUAUACCAUAAAAUAUGAUAAUUCACUCAUUAUAACCUCUUUCAUUCUGUUUCAUUCCUUAUCACAAUCCUCACUGGCAAACAAAAUGUGUAAAAAUUUUAUUAUGUUAAUCUAUUAUGUACUGCAUAAUUAUAUUAUAAUAGUAUACAUAGUAUUAUGUAAAUUAAAGUAUUAUUUUUUGUUAUAAUAUGUGGUCUAUGUAUUUAUAUGGUGAUGUUGUUCAAGGUGCUCUAUCUACUAUUAUAGUGCAUAAAUUUUG